UACCAAACAAACCGGCCUAAUUUCCAGAAAAAAAAAAUGGGAACGAGAACAAACUUCUACAAGAACCCUUCUUUCACAUACAACAAAGAUUUCGAUCUCACCUCUGUUCUUCAAAACCUAAAGGCUUACAAUGCCGCCACCGGAAACCCCACUUCGCCGGAAGAAAAACAAGUCUCCGGCGACCGGAAACUCUUCUCACAAUCCCACCGCCGCAAGCGACGGAGGAAUUCCCCGGCCCUUGAUUCCAGAUCCCGAGUUGAAGAGACUGAGGGACCCAUGUCUCAUUAUGAUUAUAUUCACAAAAUUAGGAAGGAAGCUAACUCAAGUCAGUCUUUUGAACAAUUAACUAGUGAUGUGUUGGAGAGUUCAACCACAGGUGGACGAUUAGUGGGGUAUGAUAGUGACAAAAGUAGUUCAUCGCAAGGUGAAGAGAAUCGUGUAUCUGGUUCGAUCCAGAAUGUAUAUGAAGAAAAGAAGGAUCCAGUUAAUGAUGGAAAUAUAGACACCACUAAUCUUGUAAAGGAAAGAAGUCAGCAGCGGUUUCCAGUCCCCGGAGAGCCCGUAUGUGUUGUCUGUGGCAAAUACGGGGAAUAUAUAUGCGAUGAGACCGAUGACGAUAUCUGCAGCAUGGAUUGCAAAACCGAGCUUUUGGAGAAUCUUAAGCUUUCGCAGGGGCCUCGAAGCAACCAAAGUAUAGUUGAAGCAUCGUGUGGACCUAAAGUCCCAUUACAAGUUUUUGAAAGUGGAGGAGACACUUGGGAUUUCAACCGUCAUCGCUGGUCAACAAGGAGAUCCAGCCUAUCUACUUAUGAAUGUGUGAAAUGUAAAAAGGCUGGUCAUCUUGCUGAAGAUUGUUUAGUUGCAUCUGGUAACCAGGCAUCAUCAUCAUCUUCAAAUGGAUCAAAUGUUAUACCCAAGGAUCUUCUUGAACUAUACAAAAGAUGCCACCAAAUCGGCAAGAAUUCUGUAGCAGCCAAAUGCAACGCCUGCCAUAGGGUAUCUACUCUGGCAACAUGCCUUGAUUGUAAAAUAUCAUUUUGUGAUAGUGCAGGACACUUAAUGGAGCAUAUCCAGACACAUCCUUCGCAUAGAAAGUAUUACUCCUUUAAGCUCAACCGUCUUGUUAAAUGCUGUAAAUCAAGUUGUAAGGUGACUGAUAUCAAAGAUCUUCUUGCUUGUCACUUUUGCUUUGAUAAAGCCUUUGACAAGUUCUAUGACAUGUACAACGCAACCUGGAAAGCCGCAGGAAUUUCAAUCAUCACGGGCUCCGUUUGUUGUGAAGAUCACUUUGCUUGGCACCGGAUGAAUUGCUUGAAUGCAGGAGUGGAAGAUAGCGCGUAUAUUUUCAACAAGCACUCGUUAUGCAACAUUUUAAACUUACCAAUAGCGGAGACUAAAGCUGGUGUAACAUGUUAGCUGCAAAUAUUCAUGACACCUUGCACAAAAGAUUUGUGACCUGCAUUGAGUUUAGUGCUCGUGUCGAACUUUUUCAGCAUGUACGCAACACUCGAAUCUGGUUAGCAUGCAUUUCUAACAGUUUGUACCUUCUCAAAGUUAAGUUGAACAUGUUCACAUGUUUUUGUCUUG